GAAAUGGAAGAUCUUUUUAAUAAAGUACCUUGCAGAGAAAGUCAAUUAAACGAUUUGUUCAAUCUAUUCGGAGAAUACGAUGAACCGUUACCUUGUUCAUUAUUUCUAAGUGGAAGUAUGGGAACCGGUAAGACGCUUUGUUUGACUUCAGUUCUGCGAUAUUUGGGUUAUAAACACGUUAUAAUUGAUUGUAUUGAAUGUUAUUCGCCAAAAAUAAUCUACGAAACGAUAUUGUCUGGACUAAACACUACCGAAACCGAUAGUAAAUGUGAAUCUAUUUUGGACUUUACGAAUGCGUUAAAUAGAAUAGAGCUUAACCUAACACAAUAUCAACCCAUCGUUGUGAUUUUCGACAGAGCAGAAAGGCUACGUAAUAUGGAUCAAAGCAUAAUUUGUGUGUUUCUACGACUGCGAGAACUUUGUAACCUCAACAUCUGUACAUUGUUAGUAACACAUUUAGUUUAUGAUAGCUUUUACUUUAAAAUGGGAGUUAGAGAACCGAUAAAGAUAUAUUUUCCAAAUUAUAAUAAAGAGGAAUUGUUUAAAAUCAUAUUUUUACACCAAGAAUCAUUCACCCAAUAUGUAUUGAGCAGUCAUGAGGUUGACAAGGAAAUUAAAACAGAACUGAAUAAACCAGAGCUAUUCGCUAAUUUUCUAAAUGCAUUCCUCAGUGUUUUCUAUAGACCGUGUCGAGAUUUGAUUGAAUUGCAACACAUGGCUCGGAUUAACUUUGUAAAAUACUGUGAGCCCAUAAUAAGAAAUGAAAUACAAGCUCAAGAUUUAUCAAAACUUUGGCGCCACAUUUCUCCCAUUUUGAAAACCAGUUUAGAGCUGUUAUAUCUUCGUCUAAGUUCAAACAAGUCAUAUAAACCUUCUCCUGGUAAGGAGAAUACUGAUAACAUGGAAACAGUCAACUAUAACUUUGAAAAAACAUUAAAAGAAGAGCUUACUUGCACUAAGACAUUUGCACAAAGUUUUGAAUUGCCAUAUUAUGCCAAAUUCUUAUUAAUAGCAGCUUACCUGGCCAGUUACAAUCCACCAAAAGAAGAUAAAAGAUUAUUCAUGAAAAACCAUGGGAAACAGCGCAAGAGACUUCAACAAGUGAAAGCAAAAGCUAAAAUAAAUGAGAAAUUGAAUACUCAACUCGGACCAAAAGUAUUUACAUUAGAUAGAUUACUUGCAAUCUUUUAUGCUAUUUUAGAGGAAAAAAUUGGUUUGACUAGUAAUCUGUUGGCUCAAAUUGCAACAUUGGUGGAACUAAAACUAAUUGCUGGAAGCAAAGAAAUUGAUUUAGACACAGCAAAAUAUAAAUGUAUAGUUGGCUACGACUUCAUAUCUGCCGUUGCUCACACUGUUUCUUUUAAUGUCAGAAAGUAUUUGUAUGAUUUUAUGUGAUCAAUACUGUUACCCACUUUAUGUGUUACAUUAAUUUAUUUAAAAUUACAUUUAGGAGC